CGCCAUUGGACAGCCCGCGUCCGAGCCCCCCCUCCCCUAUAUAGAGAGUGUCCCCUAUCAGCAGACCGUCGCGCCUGUUUAUAAUCCUUCUUUCCUUUCUCUUUCAGCAUGUCCGAGCAGAAUAAGCCUGACUCUUCUCGUCCUUCUUCUCCCACCCAACACGAGGAUCCCCCCAACCCGGCUGCUUCCCAGGAAGACAACAACAACAGCAACGAUAACCCUAACCCUAACCAGAAAGAAGAUCAACCAAAGAAAGAAGAAGCCGAGGCAUCAUCUUCAGUUCCCCCCCGGAAACCACCCACCAAACUCAACAAGAAUAAACCUCCUCAACCCUCUCCUCAACCUCAAGACCAAGACCAAGAACAAGAACAAGAACAAGAACCCGAACCCAAAAAAGAACCCUCCCCCGAGCCCGUGAAACAAGAACCCCCUCCGACUCCGAACCAGAACCCGAACCACAGCGUGAACAACGCCAUCUCACCCCGCAAGAACGCAAACGACGCUCUCGACCCCCGCAAAAGGUCCCCCCACCAGACGACAUGGACAACGGCCAAGUGGAGCGUCCCCGCCGACAGCGCCGGCAGCGCACGCAACAGCAGCAGGGCGGACAGGACGGGGCCCGCUGGGCGGACUGCCGGGGAUAAGGAGGAGGGGAAGGAUGAGCAGUUGCGGUUGAGACUGGAUCUGAAUCUGGACAUCGAGGUGCAGUUGAAGGCCAAGAUUCAUGGUGAUUUGACGUUGGGGUUGUUGAACUGAAUCCUCUGCCCUUUUUUUUAUUAUUUUUUCUUACUCUUGACUGGAUGGAUUACUUUGAUACCGGAGUUUUAAGUGAGCAGUGGUCAUGACAGGAACAAUGUCGAUAGUCUAGAUCGAACCACCGCAAAAGCCUGGCUUGCAUUGAUGAAU